UGAUAGUAUAUGUUAACCCGUAUGAUAUCCGUACAUAAACCCAUGGCCUAUAAAUUAAGUUGCAGUCAUCUCCAAGUUCACGAAGCCACCACAAAAGUAAUAUGGGUUCCAAGAAGGCUAUGGUGGCACCCACCGCCAUUCUCUUCUCCCUUAACCUUCUCUUUUCCGCCACAAUGGCAAGUCUUUUCCCCUUGCAACCCCCUCCUCCCGAAGCGCCGCCUCCUAACACACCGCCACCCAACGCGCCACCACCUAACACACCACCGUCUUGUCCCUUAAAUACCUUACAGUUAGGUGCUUGCGCGGGUGUCUUAAACAUGUUUAUUGGGCCGCGGCCCAUACCGGCCCAAUGCUGCACCCUCUUGGAUGGUCUUGUUGACCUUGACGCAGCUCUUUGCUUUUGCGAUGUAAUUAGGGUUGACUACUUGCCAAUAAUCCACGUAGACGUUCCUGUUGCAUUGUCCCUCUUGCUCGACGCCUGUGACAGAAACGCUCCCGAAAACUUCCAGUGCCCACCACUUAUUAAUUAGAAAUUAAACAAAAUACACAUAUAUA